AAACAUCUGUUGGCUCUCAGCAGCGGUUACCACCUGUUGAGGGCAAUGACAGAUGGAAAGGGAGCGUAUGUCUCCAACACUUCCAUCUUUGACCGUGCCGCCAGUUGUCUUCCCAAAAUAGCCCGCUCUCCCCGGCCUUAUAUGUGCAGGCCUGCAGCGUGUGCCUGCGGAGGCAUCAUGUAUCUGGGCCACACAAUACAGCUUGCUAGCGCAUUGUUGCUGCUAUCCACGAGGCCUCUCUUUCUGUCUCGGGACGGCUAACCAUGCAUGUCACCCAGCUCGACCACGAGUGUCUCCUCCACAUUUUCUCUUACCUAGACAAAGAAAACCGGAAGAGUUUGUCCCUUACCUGUCACCCGCUGCGCGAGGUCUUCCUGGACCCCCGCCUCUGGACCGUGCUCCACUUCAGCUCCCCUUGUCAGCUGACCCGGGACAACUUCGUGCUGGGACCCUCGUUACGGUACCUGACGGUCUGCUGGUUCUCGAGCAGGGUCCUGCAGGUUUGCAACAUCGAGGACUGGCUGAAGAGCUCGUUUCAGAAGGACAUCUGCAGCAAGCACGAGAACCUGGUCUCCACUUUCCUGGCCCAUGUCUGCCACAUGUGUCCCAACCUGCUCUGGCUGUCCCUGUCUGGCUGUGGACACAUCACCGACCAGGAUGUGAUCUCUGUGCUGCAGAGCUGCAGGAAACUGCGCUGCCUUCACCUGGAGAACUGUGUCCGUAUCACCGACUGCAGCCUGCAGGGUGUGGCAACACACGGAGAAAGUCUGGUGGAGGUAAAGGUGGACUUCUGCAGGAACGUCACUCAGGCAGGGCUGCAGGCUGUCAAAGAGAAGAGGCCGUGCAUCCAGCUGAGCGCAGAGAGGAGCGCUGAUAUGAUCCCCGACAGCAAGCCUGAGGAGAGGCUGCCACUCAGGAGGACUCUGCAGAAAGUCCUGCAGUUCACCUGAUAGAAGAGCUGGACCACAAGGAAGGGCAUUUAUUUCAAUGUUUAACUUAUUUAAAGACUUGACUGUGAAGUAUUUUUGCUCAAAUUGGUGUCUAUUUAUUAGAUGUGUUUUGCACCUAUUUUGUACUUUUAUACAAUACACAUUGAAUAUGAGUCUUCCUUAAAAAUACAUGUGCCUUUUUAAGCUGUGUCUGUUCCAUGUUAUCCUAACCAGGGAUAAUUCCAUUCAAUCUCAAAAUUAAAUUUUAGGCUGUGCCUUAAUCGAGAUACUUCAGUAAGUACACUGUGUAUACUAUGUACUUACUUGCAUAGUGUGUGCAGUUCAUUACGGUAUUAAAGCGAAGUGAGACACAGCAUUAGGGUAUUCAUUCACAGGUUGCCUUAUCAGUAAUUCACCAGCAACAAACAUUGAAAUGCAGCAUUGAUAUGAUUCCAUUCUUAAAGAGUUUGUCACUUGUGAAAAAAUGCUUCUUUGUCAAAGGUUAGUGAGACGAUCAAUACAACUACAACUACCACGUCUAUAUGUUAACUUGACCUUACAGUCAGGCUAGCUAUUUCCAGUUUUUUAUGCUAAGCUAUGCCAAGCUGCUGCUCCAGCUAUUGACCAUUCAGAUGCAGGAGUGGUAUCCAUAUUCUUAUCUUAUGCUCAACAAGAAAGCAUAUUAGUGUUUCCCAAGAUGUCAAACUAUUCCUUAAAUAGAACUUGAUAGUUUGAUUAAGAUAUAACACACUUUCCCCAGAGGACUUUCGCGCUCCUACACAGUACGAAAGAACAAAAGGUGUGUGUGUGAUCUGUUUAUGUUGCGAUAAGAUGUCAGAGCUGGGAGGAAGAGUUCUCCGAGGACAAAUUGUCCCUGCGCCUGUGAUUGGAUUUACGCUAUAUAAGGUUGUGAGACAUAUGCAAGUAGGUUGAGUGCAUCUGUCUGUAAAUGCCAUGUGACCAAUGUACCGCUGCAGGAUGCUGCCCAUCCUGUGAGUGCAUCUCUAAAGAAUCAACAUUGAUUUUCACACAAGGUCAAUUUAAUGAAGAAGCCUUGUUUUCUAUUCCUACAGGACAUGGGCUCAGAUAUUUUUCUUGAACUGAGUGGAGCAAAUUUAAACUUUUCCUUUUUAAAAUGUUACAAUACUGUUUUUCUAUGAACUGUGUUUUUUUACUUGGUGUGUAUGAGUGUUGUUUAUUUAUAUAUUUAAAGAAAAGGACCAUUGCUUUGCUAUUACAAAAGCAAGCACAAAUGGGACCAGGAUUGUAUGUAUGAUUUCUACUUUGGCAACAAUGAGGUGUGUAUUGAUCCGUUGUUGCAGUAUUAAAGAGGACGUA